UCCCCUUCUUUUUACAACUGAUCCUGUUGGGAAUUUUUUUUUUUUCUAAAUUGCAGCGGUGGGGGGGAGCCGGGAGGGUGGGGGACCAGGAGGAAAGGGAGAGAUUAGGCAGUCAUCAAUCUCCUCCUGUUUCUCCCAGAACAGGUGAUGCUUCUAAAUUGUGAUCACUUUCUGCAGGCAGCGCUGCCGCUGGAAGGAUGCGAGCGACCUAGGACCGAGGACCCGAGGCGGCAGAUCUGAACUUGCGGAGGAUAAAACCCAAACUUUAACUGCACCAAUCCGCACCUCACGCGUGAAGCAAACGACGGGUUAUCUUUUUUUUUUUUUUUCAAGAGAGACUCAAACUUCAGUACUUGGUCCCUUUUUUUGGAUUGCUUUGGAGGAAACGGUUUGGUGGCAACGUUGGGAACAGUAAGGACAGCGUGGUAACUCUUAUUUUUAAAGAGACAGAUCAUACUUUUUAAAUGUUUGGGAUUCAAGAUACUUUAGGAAGAGGGCCAGCUCUGAAAGAGAAAUCACUGAGCGCCGAGAUGGAUUCGGUCAGGUCCUGGGUCCGGAAUGUCGGCGUGGUGGACGCCAAUGUCGCGGCGCAGAGCGGAGUCGCCCUGUCCCGCGCGCACUUCGAGAAGCAGCCGCCCUCCAACCUGCGCAAGUCCAACUUCUUCCACUUCGUGCUGGCGCUCUACGACAGGCAGGGGCAGCCGGUGGAGAUCGAGCGCACGGCCUUCGUGGACUUCGUGGAGAACGACAAGGAACAAGGCAACGAGAAGACCAACAAUGGCACCCACUACAAGUUACAGCUCCUCUACAGCAACGGUGUCCGCACGGAGCAGGACCUGUACGUCAGGCUCAUUGACUCGGUCACUAAGCAGCCCAUAGCAUACGAGGGACAAAAUAAGAAUCCGGAAAUGUGCCGAGUUCUUCUGACACACGAAGUCAUGUGCAGUCGAUGCUGUGAAAAGAAAAGUUGUGGAAACCGAAAUGAGACUCCUUCAGACCCUGUCAUCAUCGACAGAUUCUUUUUAAAGUUUUUCCUCAAGUGCAAUCAGAAUUGUUUGAAAACAGCAGGAAACCCGAGGGACAUGAGAAGGUUCCAGGUUGUGUUAUCAACAACAGUGAAUGUGGAUGGACAUGUGUUGGCUGUUUCCGACAACAUGUUUGUUCAUAACAACUCAAAGCAUGGGCGGAGAGCGAGAAGACUGGACCCUUCGGAAGCUACCCCCUGCAUCAAAGCCAUUAGCCCAAGUGAAGGCUGGACCACAGGAGGAGCCAUGGUCAUCAUCAUUGGGGACAACUUCUUUGAUGGCCUCCAAGUGGUGUUUGGGACUAUGCUUGUAUGGAGCGAGCUAAUCACUCCUCAUGCCAUCAGAGUUCAGACUCCUCCUCGACACAUCCCUGGAGUGGUUGAAGUGACUUUAUCUUAUAAAUCCAAGCAGUUCUGCAAAGGAGCUCCAGGAAGGUUCAUUUACACAGCAUUAAAUGAACCCACCAUAGACUAUGGCUUCCAGAGGCUGCAGAAAGUCAUCCCGAGGCACCCUGGUGAUCCUGAGAGAUUAGCGAAGGAAAUGCUGUUGAAAAGAGCUGCGGAUCUCGUGGAGGCCCUCUACGGCACACCGCACAAUAACCAGGACAUCAUUUUGAAGCGAGCCGCAGAUAUUGCUGAAGCCCUCUACAGUGUCCCCAGGAAUCCCAGCCAGAUCCCAGCUCUCUCCAGCUCUCCAGCUCACAGUGGCAUGAUGGGCAUCAAUUCUUAUGGCAGCCAACUUGGGGUCAGCAUCUCAGAGUCAACACAAGGAAAUAAUCAAGGUUACAUCCGCAACACAAGCAGCAUCUCUCCUCGGGGCUACUCUUCCAGCUCUACCCCUCAGCAGUCGAAUUACAGCACCUCCAGUAACAGUAUGAAUGGCUACAGCAACGUCCCCAUGGCCAACCUGGGCGUUCCAGGGUCACCAGGAUUUCUAAACGGCUCCCCCACAGGCUCCCCUUAUGGAAUAAUGUCAUCAAGCCCCACUGUUGGAUCUUCCAGCACGUCUUCCAUCCUCCCAUUUUCCUCUUCAGUUUUUCCUGCUGUCAAACAGAAGAGUGCCUUUGCCCCUGUCAUCAGGCCCCAAGGCUCCCCUUCGCCCGCCUGCUCCAGUGGCAAUGGAAAUGGAUUCAGAGCCAUGACCGGACUUGUCGUGCCCCCGAUGUAAAGAAGAGGAAGAGCUGCUUUCUUAUAGCACAAAACUACUUACUCUGAUGGACCAACAAUGAAGAAAGCACUAUUAGGUCUUUGGGGAGAGUUGUGCCCCCCAAAUGAACGGAUGGACAGAUUUGGGUAUACGAGGAGCUGCUUGUUACCUGGUCUCUCCUUCCUUGUGUAGCUCUGAUGGUGGCUAUACAAACUGACCCUCUUGGGGACAAGGACAAAAGAUGUCAUUGACGUAGUCAGUGCUAAAAGCAGAAAUGCAAUUCUUUGUUAUGAACAUUAUAAGAACCACCUUCCUAUGUUUGUAAAAUAUUUAAAAAAAAUUGGCAAACAAUUCAAGCUUAAUAUUUUGGAUACUAUUUGUUUUUCUUUGUAGGAAAAAAAAAGUUGAAAGUUUCUAUUUUCUAUGAAGCCUUUCAGAUACCAAUUUAGUUUAUGCAGAAAAAAAAACUGAACAAAACAGGGUACCAGCAUGGAAGACUUUCUUAAAAUGAAACCCGAAUUGAAUGACAUGUUGUUGUAUGUGUGUUUGCUUAUAGUUUAAUCUCUUUAAAAAAAGGGAAAAAUUUAAAAUGUUUUACAAUUAUUUAAAUAAAUAAACGUGUAACUUAUUGUAAGUAGAGGUAGAAAUUAAGACCUUUUUGGAAGAGAGGAAGUUCUCUUUCUGAUGUAAAAUGAAACUGAUGCAAACAAGUAGUAACAAGUUUAAAAGAUGUGUGAUUAUUACUGCAGUUACUUACUAGAGUCUUUCCCCCCAGCCUGCAUCCCCUCUUUUUCCAUCAUUUUAUUGACCCAUGGGCAAGAACAAGUACUGAUGUAGAUUCCUACAGAACAGCCCAACAGAAACAGAGAUUCAAAUCCAUGCAAAUACAAAAUACUCAAGCCCAUAAAUUCAUUCCCAUCCCCAUCUGCUUUCUAAAUAGUCUACAAGUCCCUUUUAGUAUUCACUCUGUGUGAAAUUAAAAACAAAAACAAAAAAAACCUUAUAUUAGCUUUCAACAUUGUCCCUUGAGCAGUGCAGAGAAUUCCCAAGUUUUAGUGCAUCCCAGCUUUUCACCGCAGGGAACCAAGUCUCACCUGAAAGAAGAGCCAAAGCCACGUGACUUUCCCCACCCAGCCGCCCCUUAGGUCUUCACAGAACCAUGCACUCCGUCCUCUUGGGUUCCCUGGCUCAGCACUGAGGUAGAAGCCCCACAGAACUUCAGAAACAGGUGAAUCUGUUCCUUGUACUCUUAGAAUGUCAAGUUCUUUCUUCUCUCUUUUAGAUUUCCCCUCUCACGGCAUUAACUCUCUUUGAAAAAGUAUGUAUCCAACUUGACACAGUUUCCAGGCCAAGAAUGGGAUGGGGUAUGAAGAGAAAUGUUAAAAGCCCCAAAUCCUUCUCCUGGUGUUAAAAAAAAGGAAACCCAGAUUUUUAGCAGGGUCAGAGAUUGGGGACAUCUGUGUCCCAAGCAGCCCGGUUACCCAGGGCUGCAGUGGGCUGUCCGUAGUUCUGGGAGUGGCUCUGAGGGGGAGAAACAUUGCAGGAGCCUCUGUGAUCCUGGGGAUGCAUCCAGACUUAUUUGGAUUGCCAAUAAGGAUCUCAUUUUUUUCCAGGUCAGGGUUUUCCUUGUUGACUCAUUGGCACAUAAUAUCGUCUAUACACAGACUCCAGUUUGGGUUUCUAACAUUAGAAAUUGAUGCAGCUCUCAUGGAAAAACACCUUUAGUGCAUCUGAGCCAAUUUUAGAUGAUACAUGCCCACAACUACUCAACCCCAUCAGUCUUAUUUGCCUAUAAUCUAUUCUGGAAUUACCCAAUAUGACCCAAAUAUUAUUUCUAUGCACAGGAGAAUCCAAGGUUUUGGAGACCUGACAUGCUCAUAACUUUUGCUGACAGUCCCUCACAGUCAGGCUUGAAGCGCCAAAAUAUAGGGAAACGCACGAGAGAAAGUUCCCUAGUGAAAAAUCGUAUGGGAAGGGAAAGUGUGUAGAACACAAACAUUACCAUCCAGAAGGGAAGGCAGAACAAAGUCAAGCAUGUCUAGACCUGGAUUUGAGCCAAUCCAACAUAAGGAAAUGUUUUUUUAAAGUAGCAUUGCUUUUAGAAUCUGUGAAUUUUGCUCUUGCAUGAAGAUGAGUGCAGUACUGUCUUCAACAUGAUUGUAGAAUUUGUUGGUAGCUUUACACCGAAAAUAAUGUGUGUAACUAAAUACCAGACACCUUGACCAUUCAGCUAGAACCUUGGCAGCAACAGAUUUAUUUAAUUGUAUAAAUGUGUGUAAGGAUUAUUUUUAGUGUACUAAUAAAUUUCAAACAAAGCUACUCUGUCCUGUUUAGUCAUUGCUGUUGAAUCAUUCUGGUCCCAGGUUAUUUUUGUGCCACUUGGAAGACAAGUAUUUCUAUAGGUAACUACAAGUUCUAUCCUAUCUUUAUAAGAGGAGCUGUGUAAGAUUUUUUAUUUAAAGGGACAAUUUACUUCAUUAUUUAUCUCACUUUUUUUGUUAUAACAUCGUAUUUUUCCCCAGUUUUUCUUUGCACAUUUCAAUAUGCAUGGUUUAAAAACCAUUAUCUUCUCUACCUUUUGUACAGUAAGGUCUCAUUUUCAAACUGUAUAGUUACCUUUUUCUCAUUUUGCUUUGUCAGUUAUAUACGGUAUAAAGUUGCUAUGCACAGAGCUUUUUGUAAAGACAGCUUUUUUGUUUACUGUUUUUAAUGGUCUUACUUAUGAAAGAAUAUCUUGUUUGUAAAAUGAAUAUGCCUACUUCAGUUUUAAACUUUAAAUUAUCCUAACAAAAAAUAAAAUUUUUG